CUCAUCAAUAAACUUAAAGCGGAAGCGUUAGAAGCCGAUCACAUCGUGAAAGACAUGGAACAGAAAUAUCACGUGACCGCCGAAGAACUGGAUAGCACCAGACGGAAACUUGAAAGCGCCUGGCUCAGGAAUCAAAAACUAGAACUGGAGCUGAAAGCCGCGUUGUCCAGCCGAGUGGUUGCCCAACAGCCAGUCCCUCGACAAAUGUCCAUGAAGAAGUUGUCCAUGAUGCCGUCGGUUGAACAUUUAUCCGAGGAAGAGGAGGAAGACGAGGAGGAAGACGACGACGACAGUUCAGACGACGGUUCUAGCGACGCGUCGCAGGAGAUCGAUGAGGCCAGGAGGACGGCCAGAGAGCUGAAACUAUUGGAAGUUAAACUUAAAGCCGUCCGUGACAAGCAAAAUUCCGCGCUCAAGGACCGCCGAAUGUUUAAACAGGAGUUGGCCAAGAGGCAGAAAGAGCUCAAGUCCGAGAAGAAAAAGUACAAAAUGUUGCAGAAGGAAGUUGACAAGAUGGCGAAACUCAUGAGAGACACCGAUGAAGAGGAAGAAGACGAAGAAGAACUUGAAGAAGAGGAAGAGGAAGAAGAAAGCGAAUCGUCCGAGAGCGAAGAAAGCGAUGACGAACCGCAGAGUGAGGGUGAAGCCCCCGCGUCGGCCACGCCGGAACAGAAGAAGGACAACCUAUGUCGCCGGUCCAAGUACUACGAGGGGCGGUUGACAUCGCUAAAAAAAGGAAAUUACUUGCUCAAAGCCAACGUGGAACGACUGCAGGACGACGUCAACAAACAAAAGGAGAUGUCGCUGGUGUUGCAAGAAGACUUGAAUUCGGUGUUAGCUGAACUUGGAUAAAAAAAUAACACUGUGUUUACCAUUGCUGUAGACACACGCGUAUAAUAAUAAUAAAAAUAAAAUAAAUUAUUAUAAAAUUAUUAUUAUUACUAUUAUUGACAUCGAUUUCGUGUUGUUAAAAUAAUAUAAUAUAAAAACAAUAAUUUAACCAUCGCAAAAACGGAACGUUAUAAUAUAUUGUUAUCAUUAUAAUAUUAUAGCAUAAUACCUAUAUAAUGUGGUUUUAUACCGUUGAUAAAAAUUCACUACUUAAUAAUUAUUGUGAUGUUUUAACGAAAUAAAUAUUAUUUAUUAUGA